UGGGGAAAAUUCUGUGAAUUGAUUCGAUUUGCAGGAGAUUUUACAUGUCCCACAAGUGGAGCUCUGCCUAUUCAAAAGUAUACCAUAAAAGCCUAUGAGUGUAAGACUUGUGGGAAAGUCUUUGGGUAUUCUUCAAAUCUUAAUAGUCACAUGCGGACCCACACUGGGGAAAAACUUUAUCAAUGUAAAAUAUGUAGGAAAUCCUUUACUACUUCUUCAAGUCUAACUGAACAUUUCAGAAUUCAUACUGGAGAAAAAACAUAUAAGUGUAAGAAAUGUGGAAAAGCUUUUACCAAGCACUCGGGACUUUCUACACAUGUACAAACACAUGCUGAACAAAAGUCCUAUGUUGGGAGAUCCUUCACUAUUUCUUCAAAGAUGAUUGACCAUUUAAGAAUUCAUACUGAAGAGAAACCCUAUCAAUGUAAGGAAUGUGGGAAAGCCUUCCACGCAUCUUCCUACCUUCAUAAACAUCUAAGCACACAUACUGGAGAGAAAUCCUAUAAAUGUGAUAAGUGUGGGAAAGCCUUCCACACUUCCUCCUACCUGUGGAAACAUGUAAGAACUCACAGUGCAGAGAAACCUUAUAAAUGUAGGGAAUGUGGAAAAUCCUACAAAAGAUGUUAUCUAUUGAAUGAACAUUUAAAAACUCAUAUGCGCGCCACACCCUUUGAUUGCAAGGCAUGUGAAAAGUCUUUUAGAAGUUCUGCAUGCCAUAAUAAGCACAUUCGCCUUCACACUGGAAUCAAACCUUAUAAAUGUAAGUAUUGUGGGAAAGACUUUACUGUUUUUUCAAGUCUAACUGAACAUUUAAGAACACACACUGGAGAGAGACCCUAUGAAUGUAAAGAAUGUGGGAAAGCAUACAAAAGGUGUUAUCUGCUGACUGAACAUGUAAAAACUCACACUGGAGAAAAGUCCUUUGAAUAUAAAGUAUGUGGAAAACUCUUUGGAAAUUCCUCUUGCCUUAAUAAGCACAUUCGAAUUCACACUGGGUUAAAACCCUAUAAAUGUACGUACUGUGGAAAAGACUUCACUGUUUCUUCUAGCCUAGCUGAACAUGUAAGGACUCAUACAGGUGAGAAGCCCUACAAAUGUAAGGAAUGUGGAAAAGUCUUCACAACAUCCUCAAACCUCUGCCACCAUGCACAAAUUCAUGAUAGAGUGUUUCCUCCAAGUAUCAAGAAUGUGGGAAAAACUACAAUAAGUUUUAUCGACUAACUAAACAUUUAUAAAUAAAUCUGACCAAAAACUCUUUGAAUGGGAAGAAUGUCAAAAGUCCUUCAAGAAUUCUCCACAUCUUAAUCAUCAUAAUGGAAUUUACAAUGGUGAGAAGCCUUAUUAAUGUAAGAAAUGUUGGUUAGCCUUCAAACCAAUCUUGAAAUGGUUACUUGAACACAUGAAAGCUCUCUUGUUCUCAAGAUGCCCAUGAAUUUAAGAAACAUGAGAGCCACUGGAAUGUCAUCAAAGUGCACUAAUGUGUGAGCUCACCCUGGAGCCAUAUAAUGUCCCACAGAAAAGCCCGACUUCCUGGACACUUGCUAAAUGCAUAAGCUCUUGUAGUGGAGGAACUUGUAUGUAAUAUGGAGAAGUCAUUCUGCCAAAUUCUUAACAUUCACUGUGACCUAACAGUGGAGAUGAUGCAGAUCUACACCACCGACUGGCAACACAAUCAGAAUGCAUUGCAGAGUCAAGCUACAAUAAAACUGACAAUAAGCCACCUUUGGGAUUUGUCCUUCUGUGAAAUAUGUACUGUAGAAACAAACUCUUAGAAUUUAGUAAGAAUGAAUGUGGUUGACAUCAUGUUCUGCUAUAUUGCAAACCAUGUCUAGCAAUUCCUGGAUGUGUCCUAUGGGUGCUGACACCAAGAUCAGCACUAGCAGGUUUCAGUCUCAGUAACCCAAAUUUGUGUAUUUCUGAUGCUUGCACAACUUCAGGUUUUGUCCUAUAAAGUCAUCAGGGCUGUGCCACCCAAUGGCUCUUUCUGUGGCUCAUAUUCUAGCCAGAGUAGCAGUGAACUGACACAAGCUCAACAAUAAACCCCAAGUGGAAGAGACCUGUACAUCUGUGGUUGUGAAUUUGCAGUGAAGAAUGUGUCUUUUUUAGGUAUGAGUUUGCUGUUUAACCCAUGUGUUGCUUUUAAUGCUGACACUGACACCAUAAAUCAGCAGAUCAGUUUUGUUUGUUUUUCCCAUAAGAAGGGUGUUCCUAUGUAAGCCAGACUGACCUCAAAUUUGUAAUCCUACUGCCUUAUCUCAUAAGUGCUGGAAUUGUAAAUGUGUACUGCCAUAUUGAUUCAACCUGAUGACUGAAUUAAUAAUUAAAUUCUAAAUGCAGCUAGGUCAUAAUUAUGCCUAAAUAUGAUAUA